AUGACCAAUACAGAACCAAAUACGGAGAGCCUGACAGUAGAAGCAGGUGUAAAUGAUAAUGUGAGCACAUCUAAUAGUACUACUAAUUAUGGAACUGAACCUCAAGGAACACAUGAGAAGUUAGAAAAUUAUGGUGAUAUUGAAAAGCAUGAAAUACCAGAUAAUGAAGGGCAAAUUCCAACCGCAGAUGAGAUUUUAAAUAAGUUACCGGUCAUGCCAGAAAGGUCAACUAAGGAUCAACUUUCAUCUAUAGUUCUUUGUUUUUUCAUUGCUUUUGGUGGAUUUAUUUUUGGGUUCGAUACAGGUACCAUUUCUGGAUUCACCAACAUGCCUGACUAUAUAGAUAGGUUUGGUUUACAAGAUGCUAAUGGUGAUUCUAAGACUUAUAAGAUUGGUUUGAUCGUUGCCAUUUUUAAUGUUGGUUGUGCAUUUGGGUGUAUUUUCUUAUCUAAGAUUGCAGAUGUUUAUGGACGUCGAAUUGGAUUGAUGUUUGCAAUGAUUGUAUAUAUCGUGGGCAUCAUUAUUCAGAUUUCAGCACAGUCUUCUUGGAUUCAGAUUGUUUUUGGUCGUUUGAUUGCAGGAUUUGCUGUGGGUACCGUUUCUGUGUUGUCGCCGUUGUUUAUUAGUGAGACUUCACCAAAAGCAUAUAGAGGUACGUUAGUUUGUUGUUUCCAACUUUGCGUCACUUUUGGUAUUUUUAUUGGGUACUGUAUUAAUUAUGGUACAUAUCAUAACUUUAAUGACUCUCGCCAGUGGAGAAUUUCUCUAGGUUUGUCUUUUGCGUGGGCUAUAUUUUUAUUCAUCGGUAUGGUCUUCCUGCCUGAAUCGCCACGUUACUUGAUUGAAAAAGGUAAGAUUGAAGAAGCAAAGAAAUCUAUCUCUUUCUCGAAUGGUGUUUCACCAGAAGAGCCAGGCGUGUAUACUGAAAUCCAAUUAAUUCAAAGUGGUAUUGACAGAGAAAAACUUGCGGGGAAUGCAUCAUGGGGUCAGUUGGUUGUUGGUAAGCCAAGGAUACUUAUGCGUGUUAUAACUGGUGUUAUGUUGCAAUCAUUGCAACAGUUAACUGGGAAUAACUAUUUUUUCUACUAUGGUACAUACAUUUUUGAUGCUGUGGGAUUGAGUGAUUCAUUCCAGACAUCUAUUGUGUUGGGUGUUGUGAACUUUGCAUCUACUUUUGUUGGUAUCUAUGCAAUUGAGAAACUAGGAAGAAGAUUAUGUUUAUUAAGCGGAGGUGUUGCGAUGGCUAUUUGUUUUUUGAUCUACUCAGUCUUGGGCACUGUAGGUGAUGUGCAUAUAAAGCCCCAAGGUAAUGCUCAAAUUUUUAUUACAACUCUUUUCAUUUUCUUCUUCGCCUCAACUUGGGCGGGCGGUGUCUAUUCAAUUGUUUCCGAAAUAUAUCCUUUGAGAAUUAGGUCUAAAGCCAUGGCCGUUGCAACAGCCGGUAACUGGACUUGGGGAUUCUUGAUUUCCUUCUUUACCACUGCAAUUACAAAUGAGAUCCAAUUUGCAUAUGGUUUUGUUUUCUUCGGUUGUAUUUGCUUCGGUACUGUGUUCACAUAUUUCUUUGUUUAUGAAACUAAAGGAUUGUCAUUGGAAGAAGUUGAUCAAUUAUAUGCAUCGGGGAUACCCGCAUGGAAAUCAAGUUCAUGGAAGGUUCCUUCACAAGAAGACAUGGCUUUCUCUGCGGGAUACGCUGCAAAAGAUAAGCCUGAAGAUAAAAGACAGGAGUAA